GCCACAGCCACAGUUACAGUGGUUCUGGCCGUCCACAAGAGAGGUGAGGAGGUCCGGUACACCAUCACGGGAGGCAACAAGGAUGGACUGUUCACCAUCGACCAGCGGACUGGCAUCAUCACCCUCGCUGCCACCCUCGACUAUGAGAUCCGUGACAAGCACGAGUUGGUAGUGACAGCAGAAGGGGGAGGCGAGAUGGUGCAGACCCUCGUACAGGUGCUGGUGGCUGACGUCAACGAUAACGCCCCUUACUUCCUCAGACCUAAUCCUCAGGUCACAGUCAUUGAGGAAGACGACCGUGACCUCCCACUGCCUAUUGCAAAGGUAGAGGCCCAUGAUUUGGAUAAGCUUGACACCCACGGGCUACUGUACACGCUACGAGGUGACGGUGUGGACGGAUACGCCCCUAAUGACGCCUACUUCACCAUCAACUCCCACAACGGCGAACUAAUACAGCUCAGGGCGCUCGACCGUGACCCACCCAAUGGUAAGGGCGUGUGGAAGGUGCAGGUCGAGGCGAAGGACGGUCAGGCCUCCUGGAGACGCCUCGAACAGAGUCAACCUCCUCACUCCCUCACCAGACACCCGCGGGACCCUGUAGGAGGCGUGACGGAGGCUCUCUAUUACACAGACGCCAGCCCACGUCGUCGAUCUAGGUUCAGGCGAGACGUCGACGGAGGAAACAGAUAUAACGACAAAACACAAGACAACCGCGGAGCUUCAUCUUACCUGAGUCACAAGGAUGAGCCUUGGACAACAGGUGAUGAGGAUAAGUCUAUAAACAUCCAGGGCCAGCGGAGAGGUGUGAGGCAGGAGAAAGAUGAAGCAUUAAACGUCAAUAAUCCUGUGGAAACGUCGGCCAUGUCGCUGUCAGGAGAAGAUCAUAAACCGCGCAUAAUGGACCAUAAGAACCAUAAGAGGACUGAGCAACACUCGGGAGAGGAUCUCUAUAGCGGCGACCUGGACCGCUCACGACCUCAUGAUGAAGGAGAACGGCAGCAUCUUAUACGACAUGAAAGAGACAGGAUCCCGCCCUCCACAUUUUAUAGACCACGGAUCAGGGAGACGUCCACAGGGGCUUCACACACUCCACGCAGCACGAAGAUCACGUCAAGAAGUUCCAGAACCAAACUGUGGCAUCUUAACAGCCAUUACCCCAAGUCUCGGGUCAGGUACAGUUACCGAGGUAAAUCACACUCCUGGUUACCUGUGAGAAAAGUUUACGAACACCUGCGUCUUCGUCACAGGUACAGAAGAGCACCUGUGUUCUCCCGGUCACGUGACACCUCGGGUAUACAAGACUUCGCUACUUUAUUAACGACUCCAGGCGAGGUGACUGAAGGCGAAAACUUUGAAUAUUUAGAUAAAUAUUUGUCAAACUCUGUGAACAGGUCGCUGGGAUAUGUGAAUAGUUUAGAGACUUCCUCAGGUAAGAAACUAAUUAGAACUUUGAAAGACUCGGCCAAAGACACGAGUAUCAGCCACACGGGUAACAGCCACUCGGGUAAAGAGGAAAAUGUUUUUGUCUCUUCCUCUCACACAGACCAAACUUCUCCACGAGAGACAUUAAAGCCACGCCAGACUCUACCCUCCACUUUAUCUCAGAGUCAGAAACUUUUAAAUGACAACAAAAACUACCGGCCAGCCACCACAAACUCUCGAGGACUUUCGAAAAAUAUUUACAGUGUGAAAACAAAUUCCCAAAAAUCUUCUCAAGUGUUGUCAUCGAGGAGGACCUUGACAAGAGCAGCGUCCAGGAGUCACUUACUAACGUCCAGUGAGGAGAAGGGAACUAAGGGCGUCUCCAGACCUCACACAACAUACACACACUACAGGCCAGCUCAACACCUGCCUCAGUACCCCAGCACCUUCGUCACAACACACACUGACAUCAACCACAGCCACCACAGUAUAUGGAGUACCCACCACCAGGCCCGUCACUCAAGAAGGGGGAACAUCAUCAACACCUUCAGGAACAACAACCACCAGGGCACCAUCAGGAGAAAAAGAACAAUAGAUUCUCCUCUAUUCGCCAAUACGGAAUUCGAGAGGAUCCUGACUGCUGAAGAGGAGGACGACGGAGUGUGUGAGAACUUCGACGUGUACGCCAGCAAUAUUGACACAUACAAUGGGACAGCUUCGUCAGGAGGGAUGUUGGAGGGUCUAGGGAGAGGCGGACGAGUGCACACGAUCCAGACGCUGGUGACGGUGGUGGUGAAGGACAUUAACGACAACGCUCCAACAUUCCCCAACGCCACUAUGUUUGGUGUAGUGCAAGAGAAUGGCCCUAUUGAUCUGUCCGUAGCAGUCGUGUCAGCUUGGGAUGCAGACGACGCCACAGAAGGAACCAACGCCAGGUUAACUUAUUCCAUCGAGAAGAACGUCAUCGAUGAACGUACUGGGGAGGCCAUCUUCGCCGUUCACCCCGAAAGCGGCCUGGUGAGAACGGCGCUCUGUUGCCUCGACCGGGAGACCACGCCUGAGUACAACAUCCAGGUGGUGGCUUCUGACGGCGGAGGACUCAAAGGAACAGGAACAGUGAUCGUCCGCCUGGCAGAUGUGAACGACAACUCCCCUCGCCUGGCACGACAACAGUGGGAUCUGAAGGUGGACGAGACCUGGGGUAGAGAAGCUCCCAGUAACGCUACCAUCCUGGAGAUAACAGCCGCCGACCGUGAUACUGCUAACUACUUCUACUACAAGGUGGUAGAGUCUAGCGGCUGGGGGUGGCAACACUUCGGGAUUCGAACCGUGGGUGCCGUGGGACAGCUGUACGCCACUCAGCCACUAGACUACGAGGAUGAAAUGCACCGCGGAGGCUUCAAGUUCAUGGUGCAGGUGACGGACCAGGGCCGGGGAGGAUGGAACGACCCCCGGCACCUGGACUCAGCCUGGGUCUCCGUCAAGCUGAAGGACCUGAACGACAACCCCCCCAGGUUCUCCAGCCCCCACGACCACAUUACUGUGAGGGAAGAUACGACCCCCGGCACCGUCCUGGCCUCUCUCCCCGCCCACGACCCUGAUAUG